AUGGAUUCCUUGCGAGUCAGCCCACAAGUUCAUGAAGUUGCAGCACAUCAGUUAAAGGCGAAGCAAAAAUCAUACAUUUUUCGCCCCCGGAAUUCCUCCACCAUGACGAACUGGGAGGGUGUCCAUACCCUUGUUGAAAACACCCCUCAUUCUUGGCCGCCAGUCAUGAAGGACGCUCUCCAGGCGGAGAUUAUCGGUACAGAUUGGUCUGUAUAUGUAUUACAGCAGAUCACCCAGUCUGGAGUCUGGCUGAAGAUCAUCGGAAUGCCUGCAUCUCGGUCGGGCCUCAUCGAUCGAGUGGUGGCCGUCAGCUCCAAAAGAAUGCUCUCAUGA